UGGAGAAGGCACACUGGCCACUUGACCCAUUUUCACGAAAACAAGUCGUACCGGAGCUUGCAGCUUCUGUCAGGGUCACUGUGUUGCCAUCCGUUUGGUUUGGUAAUAAUGACAACCAUCAAGGAAUUGCAGUGCAAUCCGCCAAGUCACAGGCUCAUGUAGUCUUGGCACCGGUGGUACCGCAAUGCUCGCAGUGCCUCUCCGCUUCAGCGUGGCUCUGUGAUCCAGGCAAACGAGCGAGAGGAUGAACACAGACCUGGAGCGCCUGUCGCUGAACUCCUCCACGGGUGUCUCCGUGGCGUCCAGUGCGCGUUCCCUGUCCACCAACGUAAAGAAGCUGCACAACGCGCUCAACCUGCUGCUCAGCGACUUCGAGAGAGAGCAGUUCAUCCACUGCCUCAACGUGUAUAACUCGAAGCGCAAUGUCUACGAUCUGGUCCAGACGCUUAAAGUCAUCCUCAACGUUCCGAGCAAGCGUCAGCUUCUACCCAUGUUGCGGCUGGUUAUCCCGCGCUCGGAUCAGUUGUUGUUCGAUCAGUACACCUCAGAGGGGCUCUACUUAAAAUCCGACAGCCUUACGCGAAAUGGUGACCCGGACGGUGCCAACGAAACUGCUAAUUCGAGUCCGACGCACGGGGCUCAUUUCUCGGGCCAUUCCGCGUCGCAAGCCGCUCUGCACGGGUCCCCUGACAAUAUCAGCACGAGCAGCGAUGGGACAGGGUCUCUUGUUCCUCUACUAGGCAGGAAUUUCUUACCUGAGCCCCCAGGAGAGAUCCGACAGGUAACACUCAAGCGUCACAAGAGCAACGAGGGCUUGGGAUUUAGCAUCCGCGGAGGCUCUGAACAUGGAGUUGGGAUAUAUGUGUCACUGGUGGAACCGGGUUCACUGGCUGAAAAAGAAGGUUUGAGAAUUGGAGACCAGAUAUUGAAAGUUAAUGACAAAGUGUUCGACCGCGUCACGCACGCUGAGGCAGUUAAGGUGCUGAAGGGCAGUAAAAAGCUCUCCAUGGCAGUGCGGUCUGUGGGCCGGAUCCCGGGCGGUUAUGUCACAAAUCACGUCUACACCUGGGUGGAUCCGCAGGGCCGCAGUGUGUCCCCACCCCCUGACCUUCUUGCAGAGCAUUGCAGUGCCACCCUGCGCAGAUCCAACAGUCAGGGCCGCAGUCACAUGCAGCUUCUGCAGGACGGUGAUGAGAAGAAGGUGAAUUUGGUGCUAGAUGAGGGGCGUUCUCUGGGCCUCAUGAUCCGCGGGGGAGCUGAAUACUCUCUGGGCAUCUAUAUCACGGGUGUUGACCGGGGGUCUGCAGCGGAUUGUGGGGGACUGAAGGUGGGGGAUCAGAUCCUGGAAGUUAAUGGUCAGAGUUUCCUCAGCAUCCCGCAUGACGAGGCCGUACGCGUGCUAAAGUCUUCACACCACCUGAUGAUGACAGUAAAGGAUGUUGGGCGACUGCCGCACGCCCGCACCGUAGUUGGGGAGACCAAGUGGAUUGCCAGCUCACAGAUCACAGAGAGCUCAGCUAGCAGCAGUGUCACAGGCCUUUCUCUGGAGCAGGGAGCAUCAGCAUCAGGAAAGACUGGUUUUUAUAAAGGUGUAGCCAGUUCUCAGGUGACUCUGUCCAGUCUGGUGAACCAAAGAAGGGGCAUGCUGGAGGAACAGGCCAGACACCUGCUGACCGAGACAGAGAGGCAGACAAUGGGUUACUACAUCCAGGAGUAUCAUGACGGCCACAUCGGUGUUGACCAGUUUGUCAUGGCCCUCUUUGAGUUGUUCAAUACACAUGCCAAGUUCUCUCUACUGUCCGAGGUCAGGGGGCUGGUGACCCCUCAGGACGUGGAGAGAUUUGACGGGCUGGUUCUGAGACAAGAGAUUGAAGCCCUGAAGGCCAGGCAGGGAGGCAGAACUGGGUUUCAAGACUCCUUCUCCUUGGUUUCGUACCCCGACACAUUGGCCUCUUCCUCAGCCAGCUUUAUGACCAACACCACCCUCAGCUCUGCACGGAAUGACGGUAUGGCAGAGAACAAUGGGGAACAGUGUCUGGAGCGUAGCAAUGCCCUGCUAGACGUCUCUCUGGAUGAGGUACAUUCCACCUCAGAUUCCCCUCCUUCCUUUAAACCUCCUCCUCCCUCAGGGCUUCAGCGCUGCCAAAGUCGAAAGGCCACGCUUAGUAAACGUCCCUCUUCCAGCUCCUCCCAGUUGGGCUUGUACUUUACCACCCCUUCCCGUAAUCCCACCAAAGAACCCAAACACUCCAAAAUGCCCAAACCUCACAGCUGUCCACCCAACAACCCAAAGAUAGAGGUCCUGGCACCUCAGCUGUCAAUCAUGAGCCAGCAUCCUAUUGGACCUUUCCCCCACAUCCAGUCCCCUAGCAAAGUGAAGCCACCUAUCCAAUCCAUGUCUCCGGUUCCUCCACCCGCUCCGACUGUUCCUGAACCACCUGCACCACCUCCGCCCCCCUGCCCAGAUAAGUCCGCCCCUUCCUCCCCAGCAUCUAAUCAGCACUUUGUCAUGGUGGAAGUACACAGGCCUAAUGCAGAACCUGAUGUAAAUGUGGUGCGGCCACUUCCACAAGCUCGAGGAGGGACAUUGCCCCAACUCUCAGACAGUGGACAGACUCUUAGCGAGGACAGCGGAGUGGACAUUGCAGAGUCUGGACGCCUCAGUAAGGAUAGCAGUCCACGUCCCACUCGCACCAGAGCCCCACUGGAGGGGCACGGAGGAGAGACAUCUGCCAAACCGCCUGGUCUGUUGGAGCCGACAUCCACUCUAGUGAGAGUGGCAAAAAGCGCUAGUACACUGGGCAUUGCAAUAGAAGGCGGGGCAAAUACACGGCAGCCCCUUCCACGCAUUGUUACCAUACAGAGAGGAGGCUCAGCCCAUAACUGUGGACAGCUAAAGGUGGGCCAGGUAAUCUUAGAGGUAAACGAUGUGUCUCUCAGAGGAAAGGAACAUCGGGAAGCUGCUCAACUUAUCGCAGAAGCCUUUAAAACCAAAGAGAAGGACUACAUUGACUUCUUAAUCACAGAGUUCAAUGUGACUCUAUAGGACCGAAUGAGUCACAUGAUGCUCUUCUGUGGCAGACUAUGCAGGAAGAAUAAAUAAUGUGUUACAUGGUACACUUGAACUCAUCUUUCUCUGUAAUGUUUUAAAGCUGACACUGUUUGAGAGGCCAUCCUAUGUGAAUCAACUCUGCUUUGACCUUUCAGACAGCAAAUGCCAGAAUGGAAGAAAAGUUCAGUUUAUUCUGGGCAGGUUGUUAUAGAAGAUGGAACCAUCAUUUCAGUUUAUCCUUUAUCAGUUUGGUCAUCUGACUGCAAUACAGGAAAGGCUCUUGAUGUAUAGAGUGUUUUUGAUACGCAAUACCGUCAGUGUCAUGGAGUACAGACCUAACUUCCUGUCCUGGUGUGGAAGUUUGUGUGAACGUGGAAAUCAUUGUUGUUGUUUUUUUAUAUAUUUAAUUAAUCUGUGCAAAUGGAUACAAGGUAUUUAAACAUAUAUAUUUAAAGUUUAAGAGGUGGACAUAACUACUGAUUAUCGAAAAUAUAGUGACUAACCGCAUAGAAAUAAGUAUUAAAAUUAUAUUCAGCUUCCCAUUAUGGAUUUCUGUAAACAAAAUUGCUGAAACAUCUGUCACGAUUGCCUUUUUUAGCUAGUCAGCUCAUUUCAGUUGUUGAUUAUCAUUUGUGCUGUUUUGCUGUUGAUUACAUUCUGAAGUAAUUGGUUUUAAACUGUGGCAAUCAGCCACUGGGACAGAAAAUGCUCAUAAGAGACAAAAGUUCUGUUCCAAAUAUCUAGUGAGCUGCCUAUGUAGGCAACAUUUUAGAGGCUGAAACAUACUCUACACAAGUAUGUGAACGCAGACGCUACUAGCUACGAUUUCAUGUGUUGUUGCCUUCUGAAAUAUGUAUCAGACCACAAUUCAAGUACUCGUUGCAUUCUCAACAUUGCCACAAGGAGCGCUAUAGCGGACAAUAGUUUGAACUGUCCGCUUCUACAGUGAGUUUUCUCUUUCAAGUGAACUACUGUCAUGUUGGACUGUUUGAAGAGUAUAUUGCUGAGCAAGUAAGUUAAAGUCAAUAUAUUUAUAGCAACUUCCCCAAAUAACAGCACAUCUAGUUUAACAGCACAGACUUUUGAAUGCAACUCUAUUGCACUCUUGAGUACUGAGGUUUGUUACCGCCACAGUAGAGCAAGAACGAAUUAAGCAUGCAUUGAUCAAAUGCUUGUAUCUGCAUACAUGUACUUGCAUAAAGUACAGUAUGUUUCUGGCCUAAGGCAUCAUAGGCAGGCUCCUGAUGUGAAUGCUUUUCCAAAACAAGCAUUCCUCACUUUGUCAAAAUCUAAAGGGAACACCACAUGUAUACUUUGUGGAGAAGGCAGUCCUAUUGUGCACUGUGAUGUGAAAACAAGUCCAUCCAAGAUGGCAGAUGAAGUGAGGGAAUUUUCUUAUAAUUUAUUCAAUAAUAAAAAUACAUAUAAUUAGCUUUGCAACAUGCUAACAUCAAACUUCUUCGAAAGUAAGCUCAAAGUAUACUUCGGUCAACUGCAAAUGCUAAGCAUCCGCACACAGGACGCGUGACGCAAAUCUCAUCAUCAGCAGAGUGCUCGAGCACUGAACGCAUGCAGCCCAAUUUUUCAAACCGUGCUUCUUUUAAUGCACCUGGAAUUACGUAUUUGCACUAAUUAGUGGGUCCACAAGGUGGCAACACUUAGAUCCGAGCCGUUGCUGUCACAAAGAAAUGCUAAAAGAAGAUGUAAUCGGCGGUAAUCAUCAAGAAAUGAAGGUAAAAACAACAAUACAGAUGUGCACAUCAAGAGCGCUUGUGUUAGGAGGUCAGAGAGAACUGCAUUUGUACAACUCGAGUCUGGAGCACUAUAAAGACAUCUUUAUGAGUCUAAACUCCUGAAGAGAAAUAGUCUGGUGUCUCAUAGCAGUCGUAGCAUGCAUGCGCCAACUGCCUGUGCAUGCACGCACAGUAAUAUGGGGUAUAGUUUGAAAGGUUCGCAUUCAACUGUACGCAGAUGCUGAAUGUUCGCGUCAAAAUCAAAGUAUAGUUUGGACUGAAUUGUGAAUCAAAUCUCCUGUGCGCUUCAAGUUUGGAGUGCUGUUCGUGUGCCACACUGAGUUGCUCCUUAAAUAGAGUGCUCCAAAUUGAUCACUAACAGUGUGAGGUUUCAUUUCAGUUAGGAUGCUGCCAAUGUAGGCAGUAAAUACCAAGGCAACUGACUAGUUUUUGUAAUGGAGCAUAUAUGGGUAUGUGGUUGAGCCUUUGAAACAACUCAGUUUUAGUUAGAUUGAGGGAUAAAAUGAGAACACACUUUAUGCAGUUAUGAGUGAUGAAUAAAGAACUUGACACGGCAAUCAAAUGUGCAGUCACUGAAACUAAUGAAAAGUUCAGAUCUUCAAUGAGGGAUCUGAUUUGUGGACUCAGAAAAGGUAAAGCUGGGAAGAAUAGAUGGCUUAAAGGAACAAUGUGUCAGUCAUGUUACAUAAGAGGGAACAAGUGGGAGAGGAAAUCUAGAAAUGGUGUUAUUGUAAUGUAGUGUGUGUGUGUGAGAGAGAGAAAGACCCAAUUGAGACACACUGUCACUUCCACCUCAAGCUUUUAAAUAUUGACUAGUCCAAGCACAUGGCUGCUCUUUCCCACCUGCCCACCCUCUGUAAUAUGACAGCCAUCUUAAGCCCGCCUACAUCACAUGCACCAUUAUGACUCCUCUGCAAACACUGACAUGCAGUGUGUUAUUUAUUAGACUCGAAUGUGGAAAUUUGAACUGUGUAUGUAUAGUAUAUCUAUAUAUUUUGAGUAAAUUACUUGUAAAAGGUUAAUAAUAUCAUCCUCAAAACUUUUCUUUUGUAUAGCUGAGGUACAGUACCAAAUUUAAUGACUUCUUCAAAAGAGUGUUGUAUCUAAAGGAUUGACCGCUCGAUUUUUGUUACUUUGUUUUGUGUAUAGCAUAUUAUGUUUAUUCUCAUCUGUUGUACUUCCCACACUCGGGUAUAUGUGCAGCUUAACUCAGUCAACUCGAAGCAGUAAAGCUUUUAUCAAGUCAAAUACACCGAUCAGCCAC